AUGGACUUCCUCUCCUCUUCGCCCGUGGGCACCUCGGACGAGAGCUCCUGCGACGACUCGACCGGCCCGACUACUCCGGACAGCAGCCCGUUGUUCUGUCCGUCGCGCGUCGAGGACCUCGUUGGCACGCCUCUCGCCCAUUUCCUCGACGCUCCCAAGCCUGCUGCUGAUGUUCUGCCGCCGGAGAAGACGCGUCUCCCUCAGGUCAGCGUGCCUGCGGGCGCGCGUGAUUUGCCCGCCUCCAAGCCCAUCAGGAACAUAUGUGUAGUUGGCGCUGGCUAUGUCGGCGGUCCUACAGCAGCGGUCAUCGCCCUGCACAACCCCUCCAUCCGGGUGGAUGUCCUCGACAAGGACGAGCGCCGCAUCCGCCGCUGGAACUCCCCUCAUCUCCCUAUCCACGAGGCCGGCCUGAACGAUAUUGUGCGGGUAACUCGCGAUGGCGCCCGCAUUUCUUCGCGGGGCAACAAGGCGGGGCUGGAAGCCGGUCGCAACGAUGCCCCUGUCGCGCCGUCCGACCGUCUCCCCAACCUGUUCUUCACCUGCGACUCGCAGGCCAGCAUUUCCAGGGCUGACAUGGUCCUCCUUGCUGUCAACACCCCCACCAAGACCUUUGGCAUUGGGGCUGGACGGGCCACCAACAUGACUGCAUUUGAUGCCGCCGCCAGAGAAGUUGCCCGAUACGCCAAACCGGGUACCAUCAUUGUCGAGAAGAGCACGGUCCCCUGUGGCACCGCCCAACGAGUGCGUCAAAUGCUCGAUGCCGUCCGACCCGGCGUGCCGUUCGAAAUUCUCUCCAAUCCCGAAUUCCUGUCCGAAGGCUCCGCGGUGCAGAACCUCCUCAAGCCGGAUCGCGUGCUCAUCGGGUCAGCUAAGACGCCUUCCGGUCGCCAGGCUGCCGACGCCUUGGCUCGCAUCUAUGCCGCUUGGGUGCCCCGGGAUCGCAUCCUCGAGGUCAACGCAUGGUCGUCCGAACUCGCUAAACUCGUCAGCAAUGCCAUGCUGGCGCAGCGCAUUAGCAGCAUCAAUUCCAUCAGCGCCAUUUGUGACCGCACGGGUGCCGAUAUCGACGAGAUCGCCAAGUCCGCUGGUCUGGAUCCACGGAUCGGCCCGCAAUUCCUCAAGGCCGGCUUAGGGUUCGGUGGGUCGUGUUUCCGGAAAGACAUCGCCAGUUUGACGUACCUGGCUGAAUCGUUGGGACUGCCCGAGGUGGCUCAUUACUGGAGUCAGGUCAACUCGAUGAACGAGUGGCAGCGGGAUCGGUUUGCCCGCAAAGUCAUCCAGCGCAUGGAAGAGAAUCUGGUCGGCAAGAAAAUUGCUAUUCUGGGCUUCGCGUUUAAGAAGAACACCGGCGACACCCGGGAGUCGCUGGCAGUCGAUGUCAUCCGGAUGCUUCUCCAGGAGAGGCCCGCAGAGAUCGCUAUCUUUGACCCGUGCUGUCUUGCCGAAGAUAUCCUCCGAGAACUGGAGCCGGUCUUGGAAUCGCCGUCCUCCGGAUCGAACCGUGACCGCGUCAAAGUCUACCCGGAUGCCUACCAGGCCUGCGACCAGGCCAAUGCCGUCGUGAUCGUCACUGACUCGGAUCAAUUUCGAAAUUCCCCCGCAAAGAAGGUGGGUAAGAUUAAUGGCAUGCCCAAAAAGGCCGACACGGUGUCGUACGACAUCGCCAUGCGGGGUUUCUCCUCAGUGCCGGAGAGCGAAGAGGAGGAGAUCAUCAUUCCUGGCUCUGCUUGUUUCUACCGGGUCAGCCCGCCUCCGAGCUGCGCGGACGACUGCCCCGACUGCCGGUCGACGCAGGCUCGUGGCGUCAUCUCAAACGAGCCGGUUGAGUGGGCGCGCAUCGCCUAUGGUAUGAAGGAGCCCAAGUGGGCCUUUGACGGUCGGGGCAUCCUGGACGUGCGGGAGAUGGAGAAGCUGGGCUUCCAAGUCGAGACCCUUGGCCGCCAGACGACGGCGCAUGCUGGCCGCUGCUAG